CAACCACCGACUUAUCUCCCCAUACAGCCUUGAAUCUCAUGUCCUCCUCACGAUGUGAGCACAGGAAGGCAGCCAUUGCUCUCUGCAAGUGCCUUUGAGCCCUUCCUCUGCGAGCUCCUCCCAUUCUCUACAGUCCGCCCUCAAUCCAGGAAUCCAAAAAAACCAUAAAAAAAAAAAGACGCAGUUUUUAUCGCCUGUCGAACAGAAAAAACCCCCUCCAACAACAAGAUUUUCCCCUUCAAAAAGUCAAGAAUCGUUUCCCACCCCGACAGAAAUAAAAAAGAAAAAAAAAAAAAACGUCCAGAUCCCAUUUGGGAGCUCCUCGGUCGCGACCCUUUUGGUGAUUCCUCGUGCGCCCACGAAGGGUCCUCGGCUCGAAUAUCCUCAGAUUCUGGGUUAUCGUUGUCUUUCGGAUCGGGUUUGGUAUAUUGGGCGCAUUGGGAGGACGGGAAAAAUUCAAGAAUGUCCGUUCUGUCGAAAAGCGAUUCUGUUGAGAUUAGGGAGGUUUGGGAAUACAAUCUGGAAGACGAGUUUUCGUUCAUUCGCGAGAUCGUGGAUGAUUAUCCCUACAUUGCCAUGGACACCGAGUUCCCUGGGAUGGUCCUUCGCCCGGUGGGGAAUUUCAAGAGCAGCUCCGAGUAUAAUUACCAGACCCUUAAGGCCAAUGUCGAUCUUUUGAAGCUAAUCCAGUUGGGCCUGACCUUCGCGGAUGAGAAGGGAAAUCUCCCGACCUGCGGAACCGAUAAAUACUACGUGUGGCAAUUCAAUUUCCGCGAGUUCAAUUUGAAUGAGGAUGUUUAUGCUCAUGACUCGAUCGACUUGUUAUCUCAAAGUGGGAUCAACUUCAAGAAGAACAACGAGGUGGGCGUCGAUGCUCGUCGCUUCAGCGAGCUAUUGAUGUCGUCCGGGAUAGUGUUGAACGAUACUGUUCACUGGGUCACAUUCCACAGCGGGUAUGACUUCGGGUACUUGCUUAAGGUGCUGACCUGCCAGAGUCUGCCGAGUACACAGUCCGGGUUCUUUGAUCUGAUUAAGAUGUACUUCCCCGUGCUUUACGAUAUCAAGCAUUUGAUGAAGUUUUGCAAUAGCCUUCAUGGGGGUUUGAAUAAGGUUGCCGAGUUGUUGGAAGUGGAACGGGUUGGCAUAUGUCAUCAAGCGGGUUCUGAUAGUUUGCUCACUUGCUCCACUUUCAUGAAACUGAAGGAGAACUUCUUUAAUGGCUCGCCUGAGAAGUAUGCUGGGGUUUUGUAUGGUCUGGGUGUUGAGAAUGGACAAAAUGGUUACUAAGAUGAGGAAAAAAAAUAGUAUCUGAAAUAAAAAUUUAAAAUAUAAAAUUUCUCUGCCAGAUUGUGUGUUCCCCGUUCACAUCAUUCUUUUUUUUUUUUUUUUUUUUUUUUGGGCACAGUAUGGUCGAUUGGAUUUUUGGUCACUCUCCAGGAUUGACGUGGUACAUAGUUUGAAGUCCUUGAGAAUGUUAGCAAGUAGUGAGGAUAGGAGAAUAGCCAUGUUUACCUAGGAAACGGCAUUUAUACUUCUCAUUUUGCUUUACAUCGAAACAUUGCAGACAAGAUGACUGACCUUUGUUGUGUUUUAGAGCUUGUCUUGAAGGAUGAACCUUAUAGUGCACAGAAUCUGAGGGUGCAUGCUUGCGCGCAGGAUGCACGCACACAUGGCGCAGACAUAAUACUCACUCACUGCAUGCGCAUCUCCUUUUGUAUCGACUACUUUUGGGUCAUUUGACUAUACCUUGCAAUGUCACCCAUUAUGCCUUGAUCUAUAAUUUUAAUUAGUAUUAAUGCUAGGUUAGGACAUGGGCGUGACCCGGGGAGGGUUCGCCUGUAGCAACAUCCAGUAGGUCUGGUUCAAUUCCCGCCUGCUUCCUCUCCUGCGUUACCUAGGAAGAGAAAAGCUAUAUUGUUUAGUUCGUGGCCCGUGAAGUUCUUUUUUCUUCUUUUCCAUUCGGAUCAUUGCUAUGUGACUUAAGGCUUAAUCAUGUUAGGUGUUCAGUUUCUCGGUCUGUCUUUGUGUCCCAGCUCCUUCUACUGUGUUAUCCAUAUGCUCCUCAAAUAUUGGUAUGGAUAUUUAGCUAAUGCCAGGUCUUUAUUUGGAGCAGGUUUUGUUCUUUUAUGCCUGAAUCACACAUUUCUCAGCACAUCUCCUUGUCUUUUCUGUUUUUAAUGUCUAAUUUGGUCUGGAAGUGGUGUCGAAUCAUCAUGCAGUCAUGAUAUGCUGAUUUAUAUUCUGAGCAGACGACCUACACUGCUUAAAGAAAUUUCCCAUGUCUUGUAUAUUAUUAAAUUUUACCAACUGUGACCUGGAACUUUGGAUAUCAUAGUAGUGCAGCAGGUAGAUCUUGUGCAACAAAUUAUUGGCUUAUGUUGCAACUUUCUGCUACUCCGGCAUCCUCCGUUAUAUUGUCUCCUGGUAAAAGUUUAGUUCUUUUAGUUUGAUGUUGUUGCAAUGGGUGAGCUACUGGCUUUUACAAACUGAUGGCCAUUUGUAUCUACUCCAAUGUUCAGCAUUUGCCAUUUGCCAUUUGUCA